AUGAUGCAAUUCUUCCUUGAUCUCUUUUCACUCUCUUGGGUUCUCUCCGUUAGACCAUCAACGAACUCAACACCGUUCGAUGUGUUUUUUUUUUGCGAAUUCACGAAAUGUCCCAUUACUUCUGCUGCCGAAUACAUGAAACUGCAUUCGAUUUCGUCUAAUUUUUCAUUCGUGGUCAGAGUUCUCUUCGAAGGCUUGUGCAUAGGUACAGGUUGGAUUCUUCAACCACACCAUCUGCAGGGAGCUGAUUCGUUCGAUUUAGAGGCAGCAUACCAUGAAAUUGACUAUGCUGGGAUCUCUGCACGAAAAAAAAAAGUUUAG